AAAAAGGAACACAUUUGAAAUUGUCCUGCUAACUCUAUGUCUCUUGGUCUUGCAGGUUACUAACAAAAUGAAUGUCUCUGAGUCAGAGUCCAGCUUUGCUUUUGUAAGAGAAUUUACACUCUUAGGUUUUACUUGUGAGUGGAAGAUUCAGACCCUUCUCUUCUCACUCUUCACUACAAUAUAUGUUCUGACUGUAACAGGGAAUGGGGUCAUUGUAUGUGCGCUGUGGUGUGACCACCGACUCCACACACCCAUGUACAUGUUCCUGGGAAAUUUCUCCUUUCUAGAGAUCUGGUAUGUCUCUUCUACAGUGCCCAAGAUGUUGAUCAACUUCCUCUCAGAGACAAAAACCAUAUCUUUUGUGGGAUGUUUCCUCCAGUUUUACUUCUUUUUCUCUUUGGGGACAUCUGAAUGCUUUCUUUUGACCAUCAUGGCCUUUGAUCGGUACCUUGCUAUCUGCUGUCCUUUGCACUACCCUAAUGUAAUGACUGGGCAUCUCUGUAUCAAGCUGGUCAUUAUCUGCUGGGUUUGUGGAUUUCUGUGGUUCUUGAUCCCCAUUGUUCUCAUCUCUCAAAUGCCCUUCUGUGGCCCAUAUAUUAUUGAUCAUGUUGUGUGUGACCCAGGGCCACUAUUUGCAUUGCUGUGUGCCUCUGCCCCAACAGUCCAGCAGCUUUGCUACACUCUCAGCUCAUUGGUUAUCUUUGGAAACUUCCUUUUCAUUCUUGGGUCCUACACUCUUGUCUUAUUAGCUGUGUUGCGUAUGCCUUCUGCCACUGGGAGACAUAAAGCCUUCUCCACGUGUGGGUCUCAUUUGACUGUGGUAUCGCUAUUCUAUGGAUCACUGAUGACCAUGUAUGUGAGCCCAGGACUUGGACAUUCUGUCAGGAUGCAGAAAAUUGCAACCUUGUUCUAUGCUAUGGUGACACCAUUCUUCAACCCCCUGAUCUAUAGCCUCCGGAACAAGGAGAUAAAGGCAGCCCUGAGGAAAGUUCUGGGGGAACUUCAACAUAGUUAA